UAGCAACGCGCGCUUUCAUCCACAGCUGGGUAUGGUGAAGGAGAGGAGAAAACUGUGCCUUUCAAGUCUGUUGAGACACCAAGUCCAUUUUAUUCUAUAAUCGUUUGUAACGUACAUUUUGAAUGUUAUAGGGUACAGAAGAUACAGAUAAAGAGUCGAACUGCAACUCUAACCCCUUAUCGAGGCCGUAUCUUCAGUUGAUUGUCAUGGAUAGUCCUCAAGACUUGGAGGGUGAAGUGGACCAUUCCUUCUUUGACAGUGAUUAUGAAGACAAUGACCAAACAAAGCAAGAAGAAGAAGAACUUGUUAAUUCAAAAUUUGAGCCUUCACAGGAAAAUCGCAAAGAAGCAACUGAUGACAACAUAAGAAAAGACAAUGUUUCCAAAAAAAGUAUUGAAGAGAAACCUGAACAAAGUUCAAAGGGAGAAAGUAUUUCUAUAGUACCGGAAGUUUGUAUUUCAGAUGUUAAUAGCAGUAAGGUUCAGGCAGCCUCAAGGAGCCAUUUACAGAUUGAGACAGUGUUUCCAACAAGCUCUUCUACUGAGGAAAGAGAUGAUGAAGAUGAUGAGGACGAUUAUACAAGGAGUGAAGAGGACAGUGAAGAGGACCAACAGAUAACCCAGUACAAGUAUAAAUGUAAUAAUUCAAACAGUUUUAAAAAAGCAAGUGGCAAAUACCGACAUUAUAAUGCUGCUCCUGCAGCAGAAUCAGGAGGUUCAAGUAGUGACUCAGAUUGUCAUGUAUCAGAAUUAUCGGCCAAAAAAAAAUCUGCAGAUUUACCUCAGUCCUCCCCAAGGCACCGAACAAAAUUUAGUUUAAUGCCAAGAAAAGAACGAUAUCAUCACACAGAAGAAUCUGAAGACACAGUAACUGAUGUAACACCACUUUCUACUCCUGAUAUAAGCCCAAUACAGUCUAUUGAUCUUGCUGCUGUGAAAGAGAGUCUUGGGAAAAAGCAAAUUACAAAACAAGGAAAUGUGAGUCGUGACAUCUGUGAAGAUUCUGAAGAGUUUUGUAUUGAUGAGGAGCAGGAGAGAUCCUCGGUGCAAAGUUUGAAGGGGUCAAGCAGCAGCAUGGCAUCAUCUGUCUCCUUGGAGUCUGAGUUGGUUAGCAGGCACAGCCAGAAGGUCUUAAGUGAUACUAAGGAUCUUAACCAUCUUCUUAAAGCUUUUAUGCAUCUAGACAACAGUUCAGAAAAGCAGCUGACUAUCGAUUGCCCUACACAAAGUUCAAGAAAAAACUUCUCCUUUAGCAAUGAAGAGGUGAGACGCAUUGAUCGAGAAAAUCAGCGCUUACUAAGAGAACUCACGAGGCAGACUGCAAAGCCUAAGAAUAAGAAUACAUUGUCCAAGAAACCCUCCAGUCCUCCUGCAAGAAUGUAUCACAGUGCCCUCAACAGAAAGCGAGAGCAACAAAGAAUUGAGAGAGAAAAUAUGGCAUUCCUAAGAAGACUUGAAUCUGUUAAACCAACAGUAGGAAUGAAGAGAUCAGAACAAUUAACAGACUAUCAACGUCAGAUGAAGUAUAUGGGAUCACCCACACCUUCAAGGCUAGAACAAUCCUCACUGAGCAGGGUCAACACUGCAGGAAAAUCUUCAAGGGCCUCCAGUGCUGCAAGCAAUGUGAAUGAAUGGCCUGCACCAACUCUUCCCACCACAGUGGCACUGAGAGCCAGCAGACCACCUGAAGCAAGAGCUGCUUGGUCGUAGUGCUCCAAAUUUCACUUAUCAACAUUCUUUAAAUGCAUGGUUGGCUAUAGUGUAUUAAACUUGUUGUACAUCAGCUAAAUCAAGCACAGCUACAAUGGAUGCAUAAAGCAUGUUGUGAUGGGUACUUUUUUUUGUUCACAGGAACUUAGUUUGCAAUGUUACGGAAUACAUUAAAUUGUGCUAUCUGUUAUGUGAACUUAGUUGCACACUCUUGUACACAUUUUCAAAAAUGGAAAGCAAUUCUUAAUUUACAUUUUUAUUGUAACUAUAAAAAAAUGAAUAUUUUAUAUUGUGAACAAGUUCUUUUGCUAUUAUGUCUGUCAAUAAAGCUGAAUGUUUCACUAUAUCAGCUUUCAUGAAUAUAUUGUACAGUUUUUGACAUGUUUUGUUACAAUAUUUACACAAUGUAUUUUUGUAUCUGGAAUGCAUUUAUGUUUCUGUGGUGGUAUUAAAUAUAGUCAUUUUCUUCUUUUUCAAUGUACCUCAUUGAAUCAGAGUUUAUCCAGCUUUUAUUUAAUUUGUAUAUAAUUUUGUAAAUAUGGUUGCAUUUAUCUGUUGUGAUGAAGGAUAUGCAUAUUAUGUUUAUGAAAACAGCUAGAUUCUGAAUAACUUCAUAAGAUUUUGCUCAGGCAGAAAUUAAUUAAUUCACUGCUUCAUUUCAAGUUACACAAGUUAACAAGUGCAUUUUAGUAGUUUUGUUGUUCUCCUCGACUCCUUUAACCUCUUUGGUGAAAGUGCUGCUCAAGUACUAACCAGUUGUUUUCUUUUUGUUAGUUUCAUGUGAUAUUUAAUUUCUACAGUCCAGAAUGUGCUGAGUUUUUCCUGAAGCCACAUUUCCAAAUCCUGUCUCAGAAGUACAUGUCAGGACACACACCCUCAUAUAAUCAGCCAGUUUAGCUUCUUCAUAAGGACAUCUAUUGAAUUGGUGAAAACCUAAAUGAACACGGAGAAAAUUUGAAAACUCCACACAGAAAACAUCCCAGCCAGGAAUUAAAGAGGAAAUGACAGGGGCUGUGCCACAGUUUUGCUAAUUAAGAUUGUAUAAAUAUAUCAAAUUAGUAAACAUUUAUGUUGUCAGGAAUGGGAACAACAAAGGACUUUGAACUGUUUGAGCCAAAUUAGUACAGGGUGCAUUUACUACUCCUGUGCUCGGCAUGUUUAGCUCCACAAACGAAAAGCACAUACGACAAAAGUCUACCUUGAGGAAGUCACAUAGUAUUAUUUUUCUAAAACCUGGCAGCCACCUUAGGAUUUACAUUAAAAAGCCAUAUUUGGUUGAAAAUGUGUGCCAUACUACCUUAUUGCAUUGAUCUGUAAAGCCAUUCCUCCUCAGUGCUUUUACAACUUUACAUUUGUCGAACAAUUAGUAGAACACUAAUGAAUUCUUUAUUUGACUUUGACAAACCACAACUGGAUUUGAGAAGUUACCUCCAGAAAGAAACAUAACAAUGGUAAUGAUUUAUUUCUUUUAGCAAACAAAUAUGUAAUGCUGAGUCUCAAAUGAAAAUGUAUUGUUAGACAAUGAAGAGGAAGAAUUUCAGAAUCAUCUUUAAGAUUAAAAUGUCACUUUAUUAAAAUUAAUUGACAUGUUACAGGGUAUAUAUAUAUAUAUAUAUGUACAGUUCCUUUGGUGAAUUGCCCAUGAAGCUAUAGAUAAAACACUGCCAUGAUGUAAUGGACAACGAGUAUAAAGAAGGAGCUAUUCAGAUUUCCCUAGGAAAUAGCUUGUUGUCCAGUAAACCAUAGCUUUACAGAAAAAAAAAAAAA